UACAAGCCUUUGCUGAGGGGACGGAAGGUGGUGUCGGAGGUACAAGUUGUCAGACACUUUUUGAAGACAAUAACCUGAACAAAUAAUCCUCCAAAACGGCGACAACGAACUCAAACGUCUACGCUUUCAGAUAAACUCUGAGCACUAAGCAGCUGUUGAACCCUGCAGAGACAGCCAUGCCUGACGUGUUUGCAUCCUCGGACACCAGCUCACCUCCGUCCCCGGUGGACAGCAGUCCCAGGAGACUGUCCUGGAGCAAGCUGGUCCACAAACUCACGGACUUCAGCCCAAACAGUGGCAGCAUUGAGUCGGGCUCUAACAAUGGCAGCAGGAGUGAUCUCUCAGACUCAGGGUCAGAUGUAUCCAGUGACCUUUCUCCAUCCAACGAUGACCUGUUCUUUGAUCCAAUGGAGGAGAUGAUCCUGAAGGAAGUGGUGGACCUUAUUGCAAAAAGCCUGAGGGAAGCCAAAGACUCGGACUGUGCCUUGAGGUGUUCCAAACUGCUCAUCCCCGACAAACUCCUGGAGCACAUCGGGAAGGAGCUCCUUCACAUGGCGGCUAGCGAGCCCUGCGGCUUGAGAGGGGCUCUCAUUGACCUCUGCGUGGAGCAGGGGGACGUGUGCGAGAGUAUGGGAGAGCUGUCCGUGGACCCCUACCUCGUCCCCACCUUCCAGCUGACUCUCAUACUCAGGCUCGAAUCAGGAGGCCUGUGGCCAAAAAUUCAAGGACUUUUUAGCUCCAGGUCUCCUUCCACUCCACCUGUGAGGCAAGCGAUUAAACUAAGCACUGGUUUCCGUGUGGUCAAGAAGAAAUUGUAUUCUUCCGAAGAUUUGCUCAUUGAGGAAUGUUGAAGUGAAAGGGACCUUUUUGUAUGUGUGUGUGUGUGUGUGUGUGUGUGUGUGUCUGAGAUGACUAAAAGCUCACAGAAGGGCCUUAUAACUCCAGGUUUAAACCUGCUUAAGUGUAAGGAUGGACUUUGUCAUGACGUAGCCUUUUAUUCCUACUCUUAAGGAGCUGAAAUUUAUGGUACUUGGAGCAGGUGUAACCACCAUGUUAUAUAUCUGAAGAUUUGGUAUUUUACAAAUUUUGAAGUGUGUACCUCCAUUUCUACUGAAAUGUUAAAAAGGCAGCUAGCUAUAUUAUUUUCAUCAUUGACCAUUGUUUUCUUUCUUUCUUUCUUUUUAUACAUGGGACAGUAAUUGAGUUGGACAGAUUGAUCCUGUACACAAGUUGAACAGUUUAGUGACUGCUUAAGAACAAAGCCUGCCAGCUCUGGUGUAUGUCCAAGCUGCAGCUUGUAUAUCAAAUGUCACUUGAGUUUUGUUUUGUUUUACAUUUGUUUGGACCUGUCCUGCUUCCGACUUUAUUUGAUAUUCAAAUACUCAUAACAUUGCACUGUUUUUUGUACUUUUCAUGAAUGCAAAUAAAUUAUUGUUUUUUUCUAG